AUGCCUCCUCUGUUGCCACCACUGCCACCACCACUUCUUGUUUCAGCACAGCUCACUGACAUUUCAAUGUCAACAUUGCGCAGAAGAUUUAUACAUGUUGACCGGGCCAGGGCCAGUGCAAUGCCGACAUUCCCCAGACCAUUUAGACAAUUUGACAGUGCCACUGCAAUGCCUACAUUAAACAGACAAUUUGACAGUGCCAGUGCAAUGCCAACAUUACCCAGUUCAUAUAUAAUACAAUUUGACAGUGCCAGUGCAAUGCCAACAUUAACCACACCAUUUCGACAAGUUGACAGUGCCACUGCAAUGCCAACAUUACCCGGACCAAUUAUACAAGCAGUUCUGGCAGAGGCUGAAUCAACCACAAAUCUUACCACGUAUGUGCCAUUAUACCAAGCUGCACUCACAGGUGAUUGGAACAAGGCUAAAGAAUUCAUCAGUUCGCAUCAACAUGCACUAGCUGCUAGGAUCACAAAAGGUGGGGAAACAGCACUUCACAUUGCAGCUGGGGCCAAACAAACCAAGUUUGUGGAGGACUUGGUCAAAUUGAUGAAACCAGAAGAUUUAGCACUGCAAAACAAGGCGAACAAUACAGCACUUUGUUUUGCAGCUGCAUCAGGAAUUACAAGCAUUGCAGAGAUAAUGGUGAAAAAGAACGAGAACUUGCCAACACUGAGGGGUAGUAAUGAAGUGACAGCAUUACACAUGGCUGCUUUGUUAGGUUAUAGGGACAUGGUGCGAUUUCUCUACUCGGUCACUGAUGAUAAGGAUCUAACAAAGGAAGACUAUAUCGAACUACUUCUCGCUACUAUCAGUUCUGAUUUGUAUGAUGUAGCUUUGGACAUACUCCUGCCCCGAAAAGAAUUAGCCAUCGAGCGGGAUUCAAAUGGGGAGACAGCCCUUCAUGUUUUAGCUCGAAAACAUUCCGCAUUUUCUGGCACAAGUCAGCUAGGAGUCUGGCAGAGAAGUAUGUAUCCGACUCUAGGAACGAAGGAUGUUCGAGAGGAAAAGUUAUUGAACAUGCAAGCCCUAAAGUUGCUCAAGUGUCUUUGGGAACAAGUUCUGUUAUUGGAUGACUCACAUAUGGGGGACUUACUUAAAAGUCCUUCACGACCAUUAUUUGUUGCUGUAGAAUUCGGAAACUUUGACUUUAUCAUUGAGCUUAUUCGCUCCUAUCCGGAUCUAAUUUGGAUAGUUGAUGAGCAAAGUCGAAGCAUCUUUCAUAUUGCAGUUAUGCAUCGCCAAGAAAAGAUAUUCAAACUUAUUUAUGGCAUAGGAGCACAUAAAGAUUUAAUUACUUCUUAUAAAGAUAAAGAAGAUAAUAACAUGCUACACUUGGCUGGAAAUUUGGCUCCUUCAAAUCGACUUAAUAUUGUCUCCGGUGCCGCACUUCAGAUGCAACGAGAAUUAUUAUGGUUCAAGGAAGUGGAGAAGAAUGUCCUACCAUUAUACAGGGAGAUGAAAAACACAGAAGGUCAAACACCACGAAUGUUAUUUACUCAGGAGCAUAAGAAAUUGGUCGAAGAAGGAGAGAAGUGGAUGAAGGACACUGCCACAUCAUGCAUGCUUGUCGCUACGCUUAUUACCACAGUGAUGUUUGCUGCAAUUUUCACUGUACCGGGAGGGAACACUAAUGAAGGCACCCCCAUUUUUCUGAAAAAGAAGUCCUUCAUAAUUUUUUCUAUAUCAGAUGCAUUUGCCCUUUUCUCCUCAGUCACUUCUAUAUUAAUGUUUUUAUCCAUCCUCACUUCACGAUAUGCCGAAAACGAUUUCCUUGACUCCUUACCAAAUAGGUUGAUUAUUGGUCUUACAACCCUUUUCUUUUCUAUAGCAUCAAUGCUAAUCGCUUUUAGUGCAACCUUUUUCGUUCUACUCGGCAAUCAACUGGCAUGGAUUGUCAUCCCUGUGGCACUAACUGCUGUUAUUCCAGUAACAUUGUUUGCAUUUUUGCAGUUCCCUCUAUUGGCUGACAUGAUGCAUUCUACUUAUGGAUCAGGAAUAUUUGGUCGGCAAAGUAAAGAUAUGAUUUAUUUGUUUGACAAUGAAUAUCACCCUUGUCAUUAAUACAACUUACUAGGGGAAAAAAAAAGGAUAUCACCCUGAAUGCAUAAGAUUUAUUAGAAUGUUGUAUUCUUUAUGUGAAACACGCUAAUAUAUACUGUCUACUUCUAUA